UGGUACCAUAGAGUUGCUCUGAAAACAGAAGAUAGAGGGAGUCUCGGAGCUCGCCAUCUCCAGCGAUCUCUACAUUGGGAAAAAACAUGGAGUCAGCUCCAGCAGCCCCCGACCCCGCCGCCAGCGAGCCGGGCAGCAGCGGCGCGGACGCGGCCGCCGGCUCCAGGGAGACCCCGCUGAACCAGGAAUCCGCCCGCAAGAGCGAGCCGCCCGCCCCGGUGCGCAGACAGAGCUAUUCCAGCACCAGCAGAGGCUUAUCAAUGCCAGUGUCCAUUGAGGGGACUGAGAGAAGGGGGCAUGAUGCAGGUAUCUCAGUAACGAAGAAGACACAUACAUCUCAAAUUGAAAUUAUUCCAUGCAAGAUCUGUGGAGACAAAUCAUCAGGAAUCCAUUAUGGUGUCAUUACAUGUGAAGGCUGCAAGGGCUUUUUCAGGAGAAGUCAGCAAAGCAAUGCCACCUACUCCUGCCCUCGUCAGAAGAACUGUUUGAUUGAUCGAACCAGUAGAAACCGCUGCCAACACUGUCGAUUACAGAAAUGCCUUGCCGUAGGGAUGUCUCGAGAUGCUGUAAAAUUUGGCCGAAUGUCGAAAAAGCAAAGAGACAGCUUGUAUGCGGAAGUGCAGAAACACCGGAUGCAGCAGCAGCAGCGAGACCACCAGCAGCAGCCUGGAGAGGCCGAGCCGCUGACUCCCACCUACAACAUCUCGGCCAACGGGCUGACGGAACUGCACGACGACCUCAGCAACUACAUCGACGGGCACACCCCCGAGGGGAGCAAGGCAGACUCUGCCGUCAGCAGCUUCUACCUGGACAUACAGCCUUCCCCGGACCAGUCAGGUCUUGAUAUCAAUGGAAUCAAACCAGAACCAAUAUGUGACUACACACCAGCAUCAGGCUUCUUUCCCUACUGUUCUUUCACCAAUGGAGAGACUUCCCCAACUGUGUCCAUGGCAGAACUAGAACACCUCGCUCAGAAUAUAUCUAAAUCACACCUGGAAACUUGCCAAUACUUGAGAGAAGAGCUCCAGCAGAUAACGUGGCAGACCUUUCUGCAGGAGGAGAUUGAGAACUAUCAAAACAAGCAGCGGGAGGUGAUGUGGCAAUUGUGUGCCAUCAAAAUCACGGAAGCUAUACAGUAUGUGGUGGAGUUUGCCAAACGCAUUGAUGGAUUCAUGGAACUGUGUCAAAACGAUCAAAUUGUGCUUCUCAAAGCAGGUUCUCUAGAGGUGGUGUUUAUCAGAAUGUGCCGUGCCUUUGACUCUCAGAAUAACACCGUGUACUUUGAUGGGAAAUAUGCUAGCCCCGAUGUCUUCAAAUCCUUAGGGUGUGAAGACUUUAUUAGCUUUGUAUUUGAAUUUGGAAAGAGUUUAUGUUCUAUGCACCUGACUGAAGAUGAAAUUGCAUUAUUUUCUGCAUUUGUACUGAUGUCAGCAGAUCGCUCAUGGCUGCAGGAAAAGGUAAAAAUUGAAAAACUGCAACAGAAGAUUCAGCUAGCUCUUCAGCACGUCCUACAAAAGAAUCACCGAGAAGAUGGAAUACUAACAAAGUUAAUAUGCAAGGUGUCUACAUUAAGAGCCUUAUGCGGACGACAUACAGAAAAGCUAAUGGCAUUUAAAGCAAUAUAUCCAGACAUUGUGCGACUUCAUUUUCCUCCAUUAUACAAGGAGUUGUUCACUUCAGAAUUUGAGCCAGCAAUGCAGAUUGAUGGGUAAAUGUAUCACCUAAGCACUUCUAGAAUGUCUGAAGUACAAACCUGAAAAACAAACAAAAAAUAUUAACCGAGACACUUUAUAUGGCCCUGCACAGACCUGGAGCGCCAACACACUGCACAUCUUUUGGUGAUCGGGGUCAGGCAAAGGAGGGGAAACAAUGAAAACAAAUAAAAGUUGAACUUGUUUUUCUCAUGCAUAUGAUUUCCAUUAUGCCUACAGAUAUGGACCCUUUUUCUGUCUCGACUUCUUGAUCGUUGACCUCUGUUUACAACAGAAGGAGGGUACUAAAGUUGGAGGAUUUCCUUUUCUCAUAGCUCACUGCCCACAGACUUUCUACAGAGUCACCAAUCUGUUAGUAAUAAGAGAGUCCAGCAAUAAUCGGUGACUGGUGUGCAUAGCGGAGGUUGCAGCAUUACUUUGCACAACUUGCUCUUUGUUUCAUGAAGGAAGUUUUUAUUUUUUUUCACCGAUUAUUGCCAGUCAGCAGGAUGGCACGAAAAGGGUCCAUAGCACUAGCAACAAUAGCAUUAUAAUAUAUUACAGGGUAAAUGGGCAUGAAGACUAUAUAUAGCUAAAAGAGAUAUUGUUUAUAUAUUGUUUUAAUUAAUAUAAAAUGUAGUUACUGGUGUAGCUUUUCCUGUUGAAUUGAUAAGGCACUUUCAUUUUGCACCUUUUUCUUUAAAUUAAAUGCUAGCGUGUUCACUGUCGUGUCGCAUGUGCACCAGAAACACAAGUUUAACUGAAAAGGCUUGGAAGGUACGUCGGGAGGUAUUUAUGCUGCUGUUUACAAAAUUACUUUUAAAAGACUGGCUGGUCAUAUCUAGAAAUCACAAUGUUGGAUUAUUUUUUUUUACAUGUGAAUUUGGAAUUAGAAAUGAAACUCUCCCUAAAUUACACUUUGCAUUUAGGUACGUUUAAGGAUAGAUGUGUUUAUGCUUCAUACAAAGUCGAAUGAUUGAUUGGUGCUGUGGACUUAUACCGUCAUGCACAUUAUUAAAAAAAAAAACAAAACUCUUAAAUGCCACCUCAAGGAGGCAGGAGAGGGGAGGCUCCUUUUGUACAACUCAGUAGUUAUCUAGACUCAGUCUCAACUUGGAAUUCAUGUGCUUUAAGAACAAACCAGAAAGCAGAAUAUUUUAUUGGAAUCUAGUUUUUAUAAUAAGAAAGACCCAAAGAUUCUAUGUGGAGCAAACUCACACUCCCCAUGUGAGGACAUGAAGCAUUCACUUUGUGAAUGUUUAUGUUCUUGGUAUAAUCUAGGAACCCGAAGAGUUUGUCUCAGAGUGAAUUGUUUCUAGAUUAGCCGCCUCUAGAUUCUGUAAUUCUAGAAUGUUGCUCUCCAUAUUUCAUAGACAGUGAAUGGGAAGGUGAGGGAGGCAUACCAUGUUGAACCAGUUUCUGUUAUUUAAAUAUUAAGUAUUUUAAGCCUUUAAAGUGAAGUCAGUGCUAGCUGAGAACAUUUACUUUUGUAUUUAUUGUCACAAGAAAACUGUGGACUGUAAUUUAUUUUAUUAAAUAUUUAGAGGAUUAUUUGGCUUUGGUGGUCAGGUGAGAAAUAGUGAGGUGUUUUGUUUUUUAAUUUUGUGGGUUUUUAAAAAUAAUUCCCAAUGGGGGAAGGAAGAAAGAACUGAUAUACAAGUGUGCAUAUUUUAAAAAUAAGUGACCUUUGGGAAUGUAGACAUUGAAAGGAUGAUUCCAGUCCCACUUGGGGUAGGAGUCAAACUUCUGGUCUGACAUCAAUGACUGUGUUUGUUCAGAAAAGGGAGCAUCUUCCCAGAGUAUAAAGGUGGGAGUUUCCAAGCAGCCCUUUAUAAUGGAGACAGUGUCUCCUUCACCACCAGGUCCCUCCUAAAUCUUCUGUGGGAAUUGUGGCUCCUGAUGUUGUGCUGGGUCACACCGCAGGCUUCCCAGAGCCCUUCACUCUCUUUUGAACUCCACUGACUUGGAAAGGGAGAAGGAAUUAUUCACACAGAAGUGUGUAUGAAGCCUAAAUAACAUCUAAAAAAAUUUUCAAAAAUAUAGUAAGGGUUUAACCGUAAAUAGAAGAGUAUUAUUUACUUAAAUUUCUUACAAACAUAUAAGACUUUAUAAGUGUUUAUAUAGAGAGGUUAACUAUAAGCAUAUAGUAUUUAUAUUUGGGCAGGAAGGGUUAAAUCAAAUUUUUAAUUUAAAUAAGCAUAGUUCCUUUAAAAAUCAAUAGUAUUUAUACUCUGAAAAAAGUACCAAGUGUAGUUAUUUAUUUGUCCAUGUUUUUCCUAUUGUUUCUCCUCUGAGGGGAAUGGUGUAUUUUUACUUUGGUUUGGUUUUGUUUUUUGUUUUUUAUCGUUCUGAUUCACUAAAUUUUAAUAAAGUAUAUUAACUUCUUUUUAACCAAAGCUUUCUGAAUAUGACCAGCCUCAGGUGCUAGCGCAUUAAAGAGCAACUAAACCUAAUUCCAGUGUCCAUUUAUGAAAUGAUAUGAGUUAACUGAACUUCUCUAAGGGUGAGAGAACACAUAAUGUUGAACUUAAAAGAAAUUCCUUUUCUCAGAAAGGAUUUUGCAUGUACCUAAUGCAAAAAAAAUAAUGACCUAAUCACAGUAAUAGUCACUCUGUAGUGACAUUGCUUUUAGAGUAAACCAAGAUACAUUGACAUGAUGCUGCUACUAGGUCUUCCUGAAAGAAAAGUAGGGUGUGGACUUUAAGAGCAAAGUGCUUGCAGAGUGUAGGAACAGAGUAGUAGAGGCGUGCUCGGUGAAAUGAGGGAACAGCUCACUGUUACUUGGAUCAAAGUUGGGAUAUGAAGUUAAACCGUAAAUUCAGCUGAGAAAAAAUAUGAGGUAUAGAAAAUAUAUGAAAAAUGUUGCAUUUUUAUUUUCUUCCUUAUUAUAGAAACACCAAUGAGAUGAUUCAAAAUAUUUAAUGAUACAGAACACUUGUUCUUAUUAGUCCUUAUAAAAGUCCCUCAACUUAAAAAUGCCCAAUAGUCUUUUAAAUAUUGGAAUCACAUCAUUGUCAUCCCAGCUGCUAUAAGGCCUUACAUACAAUGUUUUACAUCAAAUAAAUGAGGCAUUUGUACAAAGCCUGAAUACCUUCGGUUACAGUGUUGUCCAAAUGGUUGUAGUCUACUGCGAAGAAACUGGCCUUGGUCACAAUACAAUCAAAAGUGCAGAUGAAAGUGCUUUUUUGGACAGUUUGCAAAUUGUGUUAAAGCUGUGGAUUUUUUAAAGCAUUCAGCAUCCUAAUUUACGUUAAAGCUAUGGAUUUUUUUUUAAAAAGUCUUCAGCAUCCUAAUUCACCCUUCCUAACUUAAAGAAAACAUGACUUAAGACACUGCUUCUAAGUUUGGUUGUUCUUUAUAGUGUGGAUACCCAGAUGUCUGUGAGCGUAUAGGGGUGGGCUGAGGGUCAAGUGAGGAGGGAGAGUGUGUGUGUGUGUGUGUGUGUGUGUGUGUGUGUGUGUGUGGUCUUCAUGUGUGAUGUGUGUGUGUGUCGGACCGCUUCUAGGCUACUAAGUGUCAAUGUAAAAGAAAAUGUAUUCAAAAUACUUAAAUCAAAACUAGAAGAUGGAGAAAAAAGAUUUAUUCUAUACAAAGCCUUGUCUGGACCACUUUAGAGAGACUUCUAUUUUUUUAACCCUUCUAUAAAUAUUUGAUGGCACUUGAAAUAUUCCUGCAAUAACAUGUGAUUUGUGUAAAGAAAAAAAAAGAUUUUGUAAUGUGAAACAAAGAAAGAAAGUAAUGUAAUUUUCUAAAAAAAAUACAAACAAACAAACUUUGUAUUAUUUUCUUGAUGGAAUUUGUCUAUCUGUCUUUGGGAAACUUUUUAUUUCAUUGAAUGUGCCAUAGUAGAAAUAUGUGUUUUUAGUUUUAGACUAAGGAAUAGCUGUUUGUGUUCCGACAUUCCAGAAUGCAAAACAACCUAGUAGAAUCUUUAAUGAAAAGGUUAAAGUAGGAUGUAAGCUUCUCUCAUCGUUGCUUUUUUGCACAUGUUCUUCAUUCCUCUCUAGUGCAAUAUGUACAUAGAGCACUUGCGGGUGUACCUUGAUCCCUCAGGGAAAAAUACAUAUUUGUACAGUUGUUGUUGUUGUUUUUUCCUUUUGUUUUUGGCUAAGGAAUGUCGACUGAAUCACUUGUUGUUGAGGGGCAGCCAGAUAAUAAUCCUAAAGCCACUGUUUCAAACAUCGAUUGUUUAAAUCAUGUGUCCUUCCAGUGCUAUUAUUUUAAGAUACUAAUAAUAAAAAGUUAUUUUCUGACAGUUCUUUGUGCUGAUUGGUGAAAAAAAAAGGGUAAAUAAGCACCUUAUGAUUGACUUACUGUGAAUGACAAUCCAUCUUGGUAUCAACAAUAGAAGCCCUAUCAUUUUGGAGUUGGGGUUAAGAGUCAGAAACAAUGUGCUCAGGGAUCUUCUAAAACUCUUAAAACAGGGUGGCCAGUACUACUGGGACAAAUUGUGUUUUUCAUUAUUAAUAAUAAUGGUAAUACUAUCCCUCCAAGGCACAAGUGAACUGUAUAGAACUAACUGCAUGUGUGUUUAAACUUCACUGUCAUCUCAUUUUGUUGAGUUUGAAACUUAUGUGUUCUUAAGUUUUGUGUGCUUAAAAACAUUGAAUAACUUCCAGAGCUGUAGAAAGUUAUGCCUUAUGUUCAAAAGAUAAAUUAUUAGGUCAUAUACCAACAGAGAGCAUCAUUCAAAGUACAGCCCUGUGUACACCAUUUAUCAUUUCUCAAAUAAUUAAAAUAUUCAUGAUAAAUAUAUUUAUAGCAUUAGCUAUUAAAAACCACUUCAAGUUCUACAUGAUAUGGAUAAAAAUUUAAACCAAAUGAGAUGAGGGGCCUGCCUGUCGAUGGAGUGAAACAGGUAAAAGAUAAAACAUGUAUUUUUUUAAUGGCCGUAAACAACUAUUGUUUUCACUGUAUUCUCCUCUGGAAGCAAGCCAAAAAAAAAUCCCUUUAUGUAACACAAUUCUUCUAUUUCCAUAUUUGUAGUUUUUAAUCUGUUACCCACCUGAUAACAACAACAUGAACCAGCUUUUAUGGUCACCUUUUACAUUUUUGAAAUAUUGUUUUGUUACCAUAUUUCAAUAUAUUGUUUGUCAUAAAGUCAGUUAACAUCAGUGUAAUUGUUGGUUUUGAUUCUUCCAUUUCACACUUGGAAUAUACAUUCAGAGAAAGCUUCACAUACUUUCUUAUGCCCACACAAGAGCAUAAUUUGGGAAAACUUUUCAUGUCAUAUAAAUGUAAAAGAAGCCUUUACCUUGUUUUUGAUAAUAAAGACUACGGAAAUAGGCAGAUAUAUCUCUUUCUCAUAUAUGUAUACAUAUAUAUACACACACAUAUACAAAUAAACAUUAUUGACAGUUUUACAUAUUAUAACAUUUGAUUGCCACUUCUACUUACAAAGGAAUGACACAGCAGAACCCCACAAAAACAGCUUUACACUAUAGCUCAGAUUAUGUGCCCAGAAAAGCAGUUGCAACAGUAAAUCUUGAUCUAUUGCUAAUAGUCUAUAGCACUGGUCUUCAUUCUAUCCCUGAACACUAGAAUUAUGAAGAGAUUCCAGCAGAUUUCAUUAGACCUUCCUAUGAUUGUUUAUUCUUAAGAGAUAAGGCUAACAAGCCAUGGCUUUAGAAAGCAAUCGGUUUCCCUUCCGCGUCUGGUUGCUUGUUUGUUAGUAUAGGUGAGAUCAGUUUUGUUAGACUCUCAGAAAAUUUUAAAAAUAAUCCAAAAGCCUGGUUUCAUACCAAGGAAACAUUGUAGAUGGGGGAGGGGGAGGAGAUCUUCAUGUUUAAACAGACCCUCAGAACUUAGAGCAAUAAAUACAUUCAUUCAUUCAUUCAUUUAUUCAUUUAUAAAUUAAUGACAGAAGAGUUGAUCCAAUUAGAAACAUUUUUUCCAGCAGUGAAACAUGAAAUGGAGUCUUGUGUUAAGAAAGUGAAUAUGAAUAUAUUAAAUGGAUGCCUAGAGAAUCUGUGUUUGCUGUUUACAUUUAGUAUGUUUACCACAUUAGCAAUGUCACUAUUUUUCUUCUAAGAACUAAUGAAAGAUAGCUUGUUCUCAGCUUAGACAUGCUGCACAUGCAAUUAUGCUGUUCUCUAAGGGCAACUAAAUUCUCUCCAGUGUUCAUGUGUGAUUCCUUUCUCCUUCAUUAUUACUUCAAUGUGGAGGAAUACUUUUUCUAGAAACUUGGUCAUUGUUGAACAGAUUGCAUAUGUAAAUGCAGAUAAUUCUUGAGCAUAUAGUGAAUGUGGUUUCACACAUACACACACACACACACACACACACACAAAACUGUAUGUACUGUACACACCUUCCUGAAUUCAAAAUUCUCUUCUUACCACAGUGGUUUGAAAUCUCACAUAAAACAGUGGUAAAUUUUUAAACAUUAGGACAUUAGCUGGCUGCUUCUUUAAAUGUACCUGUAUUGUCUGCCUGCUCCUUUUGUGGAGAUGUGUUUUUGUAUUGGAUGUUUGGGCCAAUGGGAGGCUUCAAGCUACAACAUAUUUUCCCAGUUUAAAUAUAUUUAACAUAUGACAAACCCCAGACAAGGCUUUUAAUAUGUAUAAAGAACUGCAGUGUUAGGUGGUUUAUUUGCAAACCGUUUUCAAUGUUGUCCAUUUUUAUGGCACCUUUAACAAUAUUCUUGUUUCCAAAGUACAAAAAAAAAUAGGUUAAAUAUCUAGCCAUAACUGAAUGUCAAGCAAUAAAACAAAUGACUUUUGUGUAUAGACUUAAAAAAAUACAAAUUUUAGACAUCUGCAUGUAAAUGCAAUCUCUUGUUUACUGCUUUCUUCAACUCGAGCAAUUGACUCCUUAUUUACUAUUAACUUAAGAACUUGUAAUGGCCUGUAAACAUUUUCUCUCUUACUCUUCUUUCAAAUUUACCUUCAUCCCUGCUUUUGAGUCAUAAUAUUUAAUGUUGUUCUGCACAUCUCUAUACAGUUAACUUUUUGGCUUUCAUUCUGUAUAGAUAAGAAGAUGUUAUAUUAUAAACAGCCUACUCAGUGCAAAUAUUUAUCUGUUUAUCAAAUCCACAAUAUGCUGUAUAAUACUGGUUUUACUAUAUAAUCUAUUUUAGACAUAGCUGUUUAGAACUAGAGUGUGCUAUUUUUGUGUUUUUCUGAUGUGUGGUGCUAGAUAAGUUACUUUUGUGAACAAAAAAACCCCUUUUAUUCCUAGACAAUACCACCUUGGGUCUUGUUAAUUUCACUGAGUAUAACUAUAUAUUUGUAUAUAUAUACAUAUAUAUAUAUCUUUACCUGUGCCCAACUAGCAGCUGUAUCAGAGUGCUGGAUUUGGGACAUGCUUUUCUCUUUAAAUACAUAAUAUCAUUAUAUAAAUUAUUCUAGAGUGUAUUUAAUUAGGAUAAAAUUACUUCCUUAGUAUGGAUAUUUGACAUCUAUAGGGUGAAUUUGUUUAUAAAUAUGGAUAUAUGAAAACUUAUUAGCAAUUACUUUAUGUUUGCUACUUGGCUUUAUACCAUAUCUCCUGAGCUGAAAAAUAAUUUGCCAGGCCUUCAAGAUCCUAAAGAAACACUCUAGUUCAAUGGAGUAAUACUUUUUUUUCUUACUAAGGAAUUAUAUUACUGAUACCUGACAGGGUUGUGUACUUAGCUCCUAUUGUAGAUAUUAGGCAUUUACGUAAAAUACCCUUGGUGGCUUGAUGGCCACCUUUUCCCUCCUACCUGAGCCACGAGAAGUAUGAAGACAUCCACUGACAUGGCAGAACGUGGGCCAUAAAGCAAAUUCGACAAAGGAUGUUCUGCUCUAAAUUGACCUCAACCAGUUCCAUGAACUGAGUGAAGGACCUUCAUUUUAAAAGUCAUUUAAUAAUGAGCUUAAACUCUUCCACCUAUUCUCCCAAGACCUAUUGGCACUGUUAAAAAUCAAAGUAUAUCAAAUAUCUAACUAAGGAUGUAGUUAACCUUAUUAAAUAUUGAUUAGAAUUGUUCUGUAAUAUUACUGAAUUUGUAAGAUCUUUAGCAAAGAUUUUUGAGCAAUUUAUAAAUAUAGAGCAAAUGUUUCUGUUUACUGCACUUUUUGUAAUUGAAGGUGAUAAAUUCUCAAGCCAUGGUUAUUGGCUUCCAUGCACUGCAUAUUUACCCACAAUUUAGACAUUUUCCAUUUUUAUGGAAGAGUUGCUGUUACCUUAAUUAUAAAUGCAACAUGUGGUUAAUGAAAGCUAAUGCUAAUAGUUAACCUUUUAAAGUGAAUUGGCUACAGUUUAGGGAGAAAUCUCUUUUUAACACAAAUCAUGUCAUUCCUUAUUGUUUUGCUUAGAAAGAGAUGGAAACUUUUUUUUAAAGCACUAUUCAGUAUCCUAAGCUUCCUGAAGAUAGAGAUUGUAUUUCUUUGUUUCUGCACAAUGGCCAGCACAUCAGCAUUUGAUAAUUGUUAAAUGACAACAACGUGUGCCCCAAUUCAAACUCUUUUUCUGGGUUGUUACGGUAAAUUCAUAAAGUAUGCCAAGCCUUAUGGUCAACACUCUCUUCUACAACCAAGUAUUAAAUACACUUUUAAAAAGACCACAUGAAAUGCUGAUUCUAAUUGUGUGUCGGUCUUGAGGAUUAAGCACACAAAUUUCACAAAACUCUGUGAGUAACAAACUCAGCCUUCUGUAAAUAUACAUGCAAGUUUGGAAACAGUAAUACUGUACCUAUAAAUAUAUCUGUCUGUUUUGUGUACAGUAUGUAAAAACUCCUUUUCUGCCACACUAAAAAUGCAAGCCAUUUAUGGGUACCCUAAAAAUAGUAUUGUACUAAAACUUUGCUAAUGAUCUUUAUUGGAGGAUCAUCCAACUUUUCACAUCAUUGGGUUUUCUUUUCAAUUCACUCUUACAGUAGUCUGCUUAUUUCCAGCUGUUUGUUAUUUUACUGUGUCCUGAAUUUAAAAAAAAAAAUAUUUUGAUUCAUUUUGUAAAUACAAGCUGUAAAAAAAGAGAGAUUUAAUGUUGUCUUUUAAAUACUCCAAUUUUCAUUCUAAUAUGAAUGUUGUUAUAUUGUACUUAGAAACUGUACCUUUAAUAUUACAUUACCUUUAUUAAAAGUGCAUUGAACACAUCAAUUUUAGAUGUGCUUUAUGUACUGUUAUCCUAUAAUAAAACUUCAGCUUCUAAUGGAAUUCUUGCCUUGUUUUUCGUCUUCCUUUUUUUUUUGUACGUAAUUUUCUAGCUUACGUCUUGUCUCCAGAGAACAGUCUAGCAGAGCACGCUACUCAAAGUGUGGUCUACAGGCCAGUAGCAGUGGCCCCUGUGACCUGGGCCUUAUUAGAGAUGCAGAAUCCAAAGUACCACCCAGACCUGCUAAAUCAGAAUCUGCAUUUGUACAAGAUCCCCAGCUGAUUGGUUUGCAUACUAACGUUCAAGAAGCACUGAUCUAUAAU